UUCUCAAGUGUUUUCGUGCGUUGAAUAGACUCAAUUUGUGGCAAUUUACUGAUUUAAUUACCUUAAAAGGCUUACAACACAGAAAGAAGUUUGUAAUUGGAAUCGAGCAGCGAUAAAAUUAGACAGUUUCAGAAUAAACAUUGUAAAAUGUUGCUUUAAUUUCGGAACUUAAAAAUUCUUAAAGUUUCUUUGGACUUAAUCGGAAUAACAGUAUUAUAUAUUAAUAGUAUAUAGAUACAUUUAUGAUAAAGACAUUUUGGAAAAUGGAAAAUUCAGAGAAAGUUGUUGAAAAGGUACCUACGCCGAAACCUCUAUCUUCGUCAGUGAAGUACAGUAUCGAUAGUAUUCUUGGACGGACGGACAAGAAGAUAUCCGCAGACGAGCAUCUUCCGGCUCAAGUUAUAUGUGAACAGCCAAGGUGCAUAACAGUAAGCAGUCCUUCAGCAGACGUUACUGAAAGGUCACCAGGUACUUCCAGAAAUGGCGAAAACUAUUUCGACUCGAGUCCUGAGAAGUCAGAUCACAGCGAACACUCUCCACCUUGUCUGGAUAAUAGUCAGAGCGAUUUCAAUACUUCGAUGUCUGACCAAGAGGACGCUACCGGAAGUUCGUCAUCUAAGCCACGGAAGCUGCGCAGAAGCCGUACAACUUUUACGACUUUCCAGCUGCACCAACUUGAGCGAGCCUUUGAGAAGACACAAUAUCCUGAUGUCUUCACUAGAGAAGAGCUUGCAAUGAGGCUUGAUCUGAGCGAAGCCCGAGUGCAGGUCUGGUUUCAAAACAGACGAGCAAAAUGGCGUAAAAGAGAAAAGGUGCUGGGCAGAGAAAGUCCAAAUUUCCUCCAUGGGGAUUCUAGUCUAGGUCUAUCUGAUUUGCCUCACGGAUCACCACAUAUCCCAGGUUUCCAGUCUCCAAUGGAGGCAUUCUGGUCCAAUCGAGUGCCGCACCUUACAGGUCUGAAUCCAAUGAUGUCGAUGCCACACGGUCCGAGCGCACUUUCUAGUCUUGCUGCGCAGUACAUGCAGGGAAAAAUAAACUUCAGUGGCCUUUUCCCGAGUUAUAUGAUGAAUGGUGGGGCUCCCGUGCAGUCUGGGUUUCCGGGCGUUUACUUGCGGCCCGGUAUUCAUGAUCUAGCCUCAGCCCAUGCGGCGGCAGCCGCCAGCCUCAGCCAACACAUGAAUGGAAGAUUCCAUUCUCCGGAACCCGAACAGGGCCUCGACUUCAGGAGAUCAAGCAUUGACAAACUGCGUCUGAAGGCACAGGAACACUCCCACAUGGACAGAUCGAGCCCAGCUUCUCCCGAAAUCAAAAUUGAGAGUCGUCCUAGAUCAUGAGACCAUGUGCAGUUGAACUAAUUAGUUAAAGUGCAAAAUUAAGAGACAUGACAAUUGUCAGUGAGCGUGUGAUACUAACAAGAGCAAUUUUUAUUAACGUCUUCACAUACUUUUUAGAGAUAUUGUAUUUUGGUCCGAUCAUGUGUCCGUCUGUCCGCGCUAUGUUAACUUCUACGACAAAGACAGAAAAAGCAUGUGACAAUCAUCAGAGAUUUAAGUACUGUAUUAUGAACUGUUUAUUAUUGUGGUUACAUUUUGUUUUGUAUGAAGUAAUCUACAAGUUAAGGGCGAAACUCUUUAUACGACUGAUAAUCAAACAAAGUCCAUGAGAACAUAAAUUUGUUUUUGCGAGACUAUUAUUUUGUAGUGCAUUUUGUUAUUCUAUUUCAUUAUUUUGUUAUGUAUUGUUUUGUUAAAUACUGGUGCUAUAUUGUGUGUAUUAAAUGAUGAAUACAA